AUGGAGCCGGAGGCCCGCUCCAGAGAGCGUGGAGCCAAGGGGCAGGACGCGCGGGGACUGGGCACCCAUCCGUGGCCGACCUGGAGCGCGCGGAGACCCGGCACCCUCCAGGCCGCGGUGGAGGUGCGGGAGGAGAAGACGCCGGGGAGGAGCCGACGGCUCCGGACUCGUUCGCUCUGCCAACUGAGAAACUCCUCUGUGUCAGCCUCUUCCUCGGCGCCCGGCAGGGUCUCAGCCCUAAAAAUUCAGCCAGAUGCAGAGACCCAGGUGGCCCUCCACCCUCCCGAGGCCCUGCGGGGGGGCAGGUGGUCAGCACUCUUCCACUCCCUACUCUGGGAGUCCCAAAGAGCAGGUCGCACUCUGCUUUUCGCUCAGUUGCUGGGACCGUGCGAGAAUGUUUCCAUCCAUGCUCUUUCUGUGCUGUUUGAUUUCUCUCCUCAAUGUGCGUGCUGUGUACUCAGGAGAGCAAACCUUGGGUCCCCCGCAGAGCUGUCGCUGCGACAAUCCUUUCAGUGCAGAAGCAGGUGGGGGAUCCACCCUCGUCUGCGCCAACCCGCAGGUUCUUUCAUCUGCUGUGCCCAGCGCCAUGCUCUGUUAGACCCUCCCCGCUGCGCCUGCCGGGUUACCAAUGCCCAGGCCUCGAGGGCCCUGGGAAAGUCUGAGCCCCUUGAAGCCAGGAUUCUGUCGCCCUUUCCAGAACGUUGCAGACCUUCAGAUUUGGGUCAGAACAGUGACGCCAGCCUUCCUGGGCCUCCAGCUUGCAGAUGGCAGAUUGUGGUGAGGGAGAGUAGGGCAAAGUUCACAAGUAUUGGCACCAGGAGCCUGAGAUACGUCUUCCCUUUCCCGAACCCGGAGAAAUAG